UCGGCCGAAGGUCGCGCCGAAGUGGGGCGGGGAGGGGACAAAGCUGAGAGAUCUAUUUUGGGGGGGUCCGCGCUUCUGUGAGGCAAUUGAUGGAUGCCUGGAAGUUGAUACACACAUAUAUUCAGCGAUGUUUUGCCUGAGGCCUCUGACAAGGUUCUCGGUAGAAAGGAUACUUCCACACUGGUUUCAUUACUCAAGAGCUUUAUCUGGAGCUGAAGCAAUCAAUGCCCUGAGACCUUUCUAUUUUGCAGUCCAUCCAGAUUUCUUUGGAAAACACCCCAGAGAAAGGGAAGUCAAUGAAAAUUCUCUGAAGAGAUUAAGUGUCUACUUAGAAAACCUCCAGAAACCAGGCUUCAAGUCUUUGAAACCAACUCAGCUUACCUUUUAUGUAAGAGAAACAGACCAGAACCCAUCUGAUAGCCCGGAAGCCUUCAGUACUUCCGGGUUUCGAGCCGUCCAGUUUACCUUGCAUACCAGAGAUCUGCUAAGCACCGUAUUGUAUAUUCUCAACUCCUGCAAUUUAUCUGCCAAACAUAUCCAAAGCUCGAACACUAAUGUAUACUCGCAGCCUAUCAGAGAAGGCAAAAGGACUCCCAGCAGGCCCAUCAAAUGGGACAAGUCAUAUUACUCCUUCACUGGAUUCAAGGACCCGGAUGAAGACCUCUAUCAAGUCUCCAGAAUGGAAACAACCCUCACAUCCUGGCUAGAUAACAAUGGAAAAAGUGCCAUUAAGAAGCUGAACAAUAGUUUGCCACUCAGGAAAGAACUAGAUCGUUUAAAAGACGAACUCUGUCACUUGUUGGAACUGUCAGAUAUCAGAUGGCAGAGAGGCUGGGGAAUCGCCCAUCGCUGUAGCCAGCUGCAUAGUCUAGGCCGCCUGGCCCAGCAGAACUUGGAAACCCUGCAGAAAGCAAAAGGCUGCACCCUGGUAUUUACAGACCGCUCAGGCAUGAGCGCAGUGGGUCACGUGAUGCUAGGAACCAUGGACGUCCAUCAUCAUUGGACCAAACUCUUUGAAAGAUUACCAAGUUACUUUGACCUUCAAAGAAAGCUAAUGAUUUUAGAAGACCAAAUAAGCUCUCUUCUAGGCGGUAUUCAAGUCAUUUAUAUUGAAGAAUUCCAGCCAGUAUUAACCCUGGAAGAAUAUUAUUCUCUCCUCGAUGUGUUUUACAAUAGACUGUUGAAAACUAGAAUCUCUUUCCAUCCACAAAGUCUCCGUGGCUUAGAAAUGAUUCUUAACAGUGACAGAUACGCUCCAAGCUUGCACAAACUCGGGCAUUUUAAUAUCCCAGUGCUCUGCGAUCUAGUGAGUCUGCAGUGGUUUAUUUGCACCAGGGCCCACCAGGCGAGAGAGAACAUGAGGAAAAAGGAAGAGUUAAAAGUCCUUGAACACGAAUUGAUUCAGGCCUCCACCAAGAAAUUUUCCCUGGAGAAGUUAUACAAGGAACCCAGCAUUUCUAGUAUACAAAUGGUGGAGUGUUGUAAGAGACUACUAGAACAAUCUCUGCCGUAUCUGCAGGGAAUGCAUCUUUGCAUCUCACACUUCUAUUCUGUCAUGCAGGAUGGAGACCUGUGUAUUCCUUGGAACUGGAAAAAUGGAGAAGCUACCAAGUAACAGAGCCAUUACUUUAUUUCUUUUUAAGGGAUAGGAAAAAAAAACUCAUCAACUUAUUUCAAUCCACAAUUUGAUAGGAUGUGGUUAACCUGUUACAAGAACACGGUUUCUAAUUGCUGUCUUGAAAGUAGACAUUUUCUUACAAACGAAUUGCUGUGGAGAAACUUGUUUUACAAAGCUUUUGAUCAGCCACGUGCUCGUGGCUCCUGCCUGUCAUCCUAGCUACUCAGGAAGCUGAGAGUUGACUUAAUCAGGGUUCGAAGCUAGCCCGUGCAGGAAGUUGGUGAGACUCUUUGUGGCUCAAGUGCUAGCCUUGAACAAAAACAAAACAAAAAAACAGAACAUGAAGACUUGAGUUCAAGUCCCUAUACCAGUAUUAAAGAAAAAAAAAAGCUUUUAUCUUCCAGUUUUAUGAUGUUCAUUGGCCAGAUGUGUACAAAGCUGUUACAGUCAAGGACAUAUUUUUUUGUUACAGUGAAAGAGUCAUAUAUAUAUAUAUAUUUUUUUUUU